GGCAUGGUAGUUUGCGGUGGGCUCUGGAAGGGUUGUGUGUGAAGCGGCAACAACAGUGAAGGGCUGGCUGGGCUCAGGACGAGAUUGACGUUACUGGUGGUGCUGCUCCUAAUACUGGUGAUACUGGUGCUUGUGUUGGUGGUGCUAUAUUACUGGUGCUAGUGGUGGUGUGGCUACUUGUGUUACUGGUACUGACACAUCUACAAGGGCACGAGGGCGGACGAGAUCAAUGGUUUUCGAGGAUUUGGAAUGGGUUGAAGUUGUCAGGGGCGGCUUUCCCGGACUUCUGAGCGAGUGGCGCGAGGAACAGAAGAAAGUGGACGCGAGGAUUGUGUGAGCUUUACCUGGCUGUGUGUUGCUUGGCUGACGUGAUGGCGACGCCGACGGUGGUGACCUGGGCGUGCCUGCUGGUGGUGCUCGCGGCCGCAGAUGCAGUCCCCCGCCCACAGCCGCCGCCGCUCCCCGUCCUACGUGAAGGCCAACCUCUAGGAAGUGGAAAGCCACAUUACCUCCUCUUGGAAACGCUCAGACCAAGGGCUUCAGCUAAUGACAUCCAGGAACAGGAUUUAGCAGCCUCUGGUGAGCCAAAUGAGCGAUUCAACGAAGAGGGUGUCUGGGAGUCAAUAGCCCUGACGCAGCUCCCUUCGCUCCUCACGUCUCAAGGUUUCACUGAAGGAGCAAAGGUGCCAAAACGGUUGCUCUGGGAUUCAUCUGGGCAAGAGGGGUCAUAUGCUGCCACCAUCAAUCGCCGCAAUGAUUCGAAGAAGAAUGUCCACAGGAGGCAGAAGAGGUACACCAUCAAGCACAAGCUGAGGUCCAUUGCGGUGCCCCUCAGCGUCUUCAACUUCUUGGGCUUCCUGCCGGUGCGGGUGCCCGGGCUGCCAUACCACAACGAACUGCCGUCACCGGACUACGGCCACUACGAGACCAAGUACGAUGUGUACGUCCCCAGGUACAGGAGGCGCAAGACAUUUAGGAGGUUCUGAUAGGUCUUCACCAAUCAAAGUUUUGCGGUAGGUCUCAGAUAAAGUUGAAUAUCCUACCCUUCUUCGCGCCGGCAGCCCCCACACCACCAAAGGCUACGUCAACCCCGCAGUGGCUCAGGACAUUUUCGAGGCACACAGGGGCCAGGAAAGCAGCCACAAGUCGUGCCAUUUGCUCUGAUGCAAGACACGUCAGUCGGGGCACGCAUGGAUAAUACACACGCAGGUACCAAAUACUUUCCUCUCUCUCGAAAUCACAUAACUUUUCCUACACAAUGAUAACAGCAAAAACUGUGUCGACUUGGCGGUCAGGAAAUGUCGGCGUCACAGCGUCUUCUCACGUGCCAAAGAAAUGCGAAUAAAAACAAUUACGCCAGACUCCUCCAGCACAGAAUAAACGGUUGCGGUGGUGGUCAACGUCAUUAGUGAAAGGAAAACUACUGCCUCGGGAAAAAGUCACGCCAGGAUUGGAUGGAGAAAAAAAAAUCUCGGUCUCAUUUUCCCAGCCCGUGAUAAGUCAGCAGGGGCGUGGAUCCUGAGGGCGUAACGUUGUGUUUUUGUUCUUCCCCGCAACGCCGCCGCAAAAGGUGACCAGGAAAUUCGGGCGGGUGUCCAUCAACGAAGUCAGGUAAUUGCCUAUCGAAUCAGCAUCAGCGACCUCAAUCAAGCCCUUGCAAAAAAAAAAAAAGAAACUAUAAACGAACGUGAAUAUCGAAUCAAGUUUAGUCACCCAAGCCUUUAAACCUGUAGUGUAGACUUUAAAUGAACCUAGUUGAAGUUAUCCGAAGUAUGCUGGAGUGACUCGCGGUGUACUGUGUGUGAGGGCGUGCGGGUCUGCUGGGCCCACGCUGGAUGCUUGUUGAUGCUCUCCUGCAGCUCCUCAAAGAGUUACUUAUAAGGACGAGCACAAUGUUGCCCUCACGACUACGAUGGAUGUAAACGAAGGAAUUUUGAGUCUUUCCUUCCCGACACGGACUAGACAAUGAUGACUUACGAUGGUGCUUGUACGUAAAAUAAAUGUUCAGCAACGUU